AUGGCCCACGCCCAAGGUCAUCCUCUUGACACAGUGUGGGACACACUCAAAGUGGCCAAAAAGGAAGAACUUUCAUUACAAUUACAUGCCUUUUUCGGGCAGCUUGGCCAGAUUCACGGCAAGUAUAUCGGCAGUGUGGACCGUGGCCUAUGUUGUCAUCCGAAGUUUAUGAAGAUACCAGAACAAAAACGGGGUCCCUUUGAGACCGAGCAACAGAUGAAUGAAGCUUUUGCCUACAGUUCCAAAAUUUCAGAUCCAGUUAAAUCGUACAAGCUGUCAAACCUCCACAGUCAACACAAAGUUGUUUUCUCUCAUGGAAAUAUACGAAUGAACCACGUUCUAGUAGUAGAUGGUCGCGUUCAGACCAUUCUAGAUUGAGGACAAUCUGGCUAUUAUCCAGAACAUUGGGACUUUAUUAACGCGACUAGCAACAUCGAUUGGGACUCAGACUGGGGAGUAUAUGUCCAGAAGUUUCUGAAGCCAUAUUACGAGGAUUUCGCCAUGUGGGCAGACUUCAUGGGCGUGCUUACAUGACAACUUCACUGCUACUUCUGUGUUAGUGUCACUAUCCAUGAAAUCAGGAUGAAGAGCUCCUUGUUCUAAGCCGUCUAGCAAUAUCAUGUGGAGUUAUCAGAGCUGCAAAUGUUGGGCGUUUCACCGAUGAGUUCUCGACGGGCGUCCAGACAUUCAUGCUGUACCUUCUUUUACUUGUCAUCAGUAUUGAUGUCUCUUCCACUCGCUCGUGUUGUUCUCGCAGGCGUUACUUUAGUAGAGAUACGUAUUGAUAAGGACGUAUACCUCCGCCUGAUAGUCGUGUGGAACAAAGAAUCGUUUUAGGUAGAUACAAAAGUCAUCCGCAUAGCUG